UAGGUUUCCUAUUUUAUCCAUGAUAUAAAAUGUCAGUGGUUAUGCGUUAUCACUAUUCGUUCCUAUUCAUCGAUGACAAUUCUGAUAUAUUUUCGGGUCGCUGCAAAAUGAUAAACAUAAAAACAUGAAGAAGAGAUCUCGCACGUCGACGUUUCGAUGCACUUUAUAUCCGAGUGAUUAAUAAAGAAAAAAAUACAUAAAUUGAUAUGAGCAACAAUUCUUGAUUUAACUGGCGGAGGGAAACAACACCAUCAUGGGGGAAAUCGAAGGAUACAAUGCUACAAUCUCAUCUUUCUCUCAAGAGGCAGCCAAGACUGUCUGGAAUAUUUCCAGUCAUGUCAUCCUGGAUGACCUUAAAAUGGACAGCAACUUCAUAUGGUUGCUGUGUUCAUUAGUAUCCGCCAUAUCUUGGAUUGUUUAUAUUGCUUAUUAUAAUAGCAGAGUGGCUGGUUAUAUUUUAACAAAAUUAUUAAAUCGAUUUGUCAUUAGAGAUGGAUACGUUAAAGUUGGUUCCUUCACACUAAGUGCAUUAAGUGGAAAAAUAAUGUUCAGGGACAUUGAUUACAUUACAAUGGAUUAUAGCUUUAGAAUCCAGGAUGGCUGGCUUAUAUUCAGAUGGUGGAGAAGCUACGUUCCCAAAGACGUAUCGGAAGAUCUUUCACACUCUGAUACACGAUUAUCGGUUAUGCUAAAUGGUUUUGAGUUACAUGUGUACAAUCGCUGUCAACUUUACACACAAUUGGAAAAAUCUUUUGGUCUUUCGCCACAAAUGUUUCCCGAUGAAGAGGAUCAUAAUGUAAAUAUGGACGAUCAAGAUGGGGAAUCUAUAAAUAAUGCAGCCAACGAAACUCGUCAUUCACAAAUCAAUGCAAUCGAUGUAUCUCGUCAUGUAGAUAACAUCAGAAAAAAGGAGGCUCAUGUGAUCGCUCGUACUUGGAGAGAUCUGAUACCAGUUAUCAAACUAGACAUUUGCACAGGAAGGCUGGUAUUUGGUAAUCGCCUGGUACCCACUACGCUCUCCAUAACUGUGGAGGAGGCGCAUUUUGUAUAUUCCACAAAACCAACGGCGUCCAGGCACGAUCAUUUCAUGCACUUCACCAAGUGUAAGGCGGAGAACUUCAAAGUGAUUUUGGCCCCGAGCCCGAAGUACACCGGGAUGGUUGACGAUCCGCCCAGAUACAUGGGAGAGGGUUUCGUGAUUCUAAGUUCGAAUAAUAUAGAGGUUUAUUAUUAUAUGGACGAGCCGGGCGUCGUACCGGAACAUCCCGAAAUGAUACGACUGGUGAACGGGGACAUGGUUGAGGCGAUGCCUCCGAUCUGGGGCAUCGACAUCAAGUGCGGAAAGGGUACUGACUUCAGUUACGGUCCAUGGGCCGACAGGCAGCGAGAGCAUUUAUUCAAAUUCUUCUUUCCCAAUAAUUACCAACCAUUGAAGAUCACCAAAUCACCCAAACCAGGGGACAAGAGACAGGUUCAGUCGUUUGAUAUCAGAUUGUCGACGCUGAAUGAAGCGACCAUCGAUGUACUCUUCAGUAAAAACAGAGAGACCAAUGCUGUUCAUGUGAAUGUAGGGCCAGGCUCGUACUUGGAAAUUACAAUGCCCUGGAUAGUAUUACAGGAUGGUUACACAACGAAGAUAACGGGUCAGCUUCUGCACCUGGAGGCCACGACUAGUCUGCAGUAUCGCAGUCUGGUCGAGAGCGAGACCCUGGAAUUUGGAGUUAAGUGUCAUUAUCCCAUCAGAUGGAACGAUCAUCAAGAGUGGACGCUGAAUUUAACCGGAUGCAAGGCUACUGCUAAUUUGGUCUACCUGCACAAAGACUUCUUUCAGGAUAUGAUCAACGACUGGGCGAGCAAAGCAAGGCCCGACAUCCUACACUUCGUCCCAUACACCUGGAAAUUUAGUUUACUCUUGAAGGAAUUCGAACUGAUCACGAUCUGCAACGAGUACAACUGGAUCGACUGCUCGUCCCAGAACCAGGAGAACGCGCACAUCGCCUUCUGCGGGGAGUGCUUCGAUCUGUCGUUUGAUCUUCCGUUUGUGGACUUCCUACCUGUUACAAUACCACUGCGUUUCUGGAUCCAAGGCGAGAGCGUUGAUCUCUCCUUUUAUUUACCGGAGGUCAACACCAAUCGUAUUAUUUUACUAGCGUUGGAUAAGAAUGCGAAGAUCAUGACGCGCGACGGGUCUCACAAGCACUUGCACGAGUUGAACAGAGGCAAGAAGUGGAGGAACUUCUGCCAGAAGGAAUCAGGCUGGGUCGAUUGCUGGUCUGUACCAAUUGUAGCGCUGAGUAUCAACUAUACGUAUCACUUGUGUCCACCUCUGGGUCCCACUCCGCAAGCGAAUAUCACCACUCCGGAGAAGGAGGAGAUCCUUCUGUCUCCCAUGCGAAUUCCCAAAUGUAGGAAAUCACCGGGCUUGCAGUGGGCGAGAAGCGGGGCGCAGAAGUUCGACCCGCAAUCCAUAGCACCUGACAAAGUCAGUUUGGAGCUUGAAAUUGGGCCGUCCGUGCUGAUUCUCUACGGCUCGCUGCUGAAGAACUUCAUGCACCUGAAGGAGAACAUAUUCGGGGAUUAUCAAACGUUCACCGACAUGCAACAGAGCAGAGCGAGCUCGACGCCGAUCAACGCGGAAAGGAGCAAGGACAAGGACGUGCAAAACAGCAGCGUUGAGGUGUCCAUGGAGGAUGAAGAGAUCAAGUCCAAACCGUUUGAUCCUAGGGAUUACAGACCCCUGGAGGUGACCGUCGGUGUCACCAUGCACGACAUUCAGGCACAUCUGAUCAAGAAUUGCAACGAGGACGACCCGUCCUGUCCGAUUAUCAUUCUGGAACGCUUCGGGUUUGAGAUGAGGAAGAGCUACAAGGAGACGCAGCUGCAGUUGUUGCUCUCUCCUGCUAUUGCUCUGCUUACGGAUAACGUGGUGAGGUCGAAUAAAGAGCGUCAUUUGAAUCAGGGGCAUUUGAUGCUGAGUGCGCUGCAAGUUAGAGGACACGCUAUGUUCAGCAAUGAGGGACGGAGCCUGGAUCAGGAGACGUUGGAGUACGCGUGGCUGAUUGAGGUGCAAUUGGGCAAACUGAGCGGAAAGAUCACCUCCCCACAGCUGCAUCACUUUGUUACGUCGUUGGAGACCUUCUUGUUGAUGGCGAAAAAUACUGAAAACAGUCUACGUCCACCCAAUUUACCGUUUCAAUGUCAUCAUGGUCUCCCUCCGCUGCAAUGUCCAGAAAGCGAUGUUGAUAAACAUUAUAGAUGCCCGAGUUCUGAGGAUAUAAAGUAUCGAAUGACGAGGAUAUCCAUAGACGCCGUUGAUCUGUAUCUGCAAGAAGCAGGUACCGCUGUACAAUUUUGGGUAUCCCCGAUUCGCGUUUCCACUUGCAAUCUUCACGGACACCAAGUGAAAUCGGGCGUCACCGCUGUUCUACCCACAAUAUCGAUUCGGCAGUUUGUAUCCGCGGCGGAUUACUUCGCAAACACAAGCAACACCAAUACAACUGGCAGCGGAAGGUCCCACAAUAACGCAAGCAGCCGGAUGUCAGGUGACGGAUCGGAUAUAUGGCUCGAGGUAGGCUCGAUAUCUCUGGGUCCGGUGAUUUUGGAAGCCGCGAUUUCCCUUCCAGCUCCAGAGCACAACUUGCAUUUAGUACAAAAUAAAUAUCUGAAGAUGCAUGACGAGACGACGAAACGUUUGUGGUUCUUGUGGCCGCAGGAGAGCGGGGUGAAGGCGACAAAGUGCGGCUGCAUAGGUGGCUGCGUAUUUUUCGGUAAUAAUCGAAACGGACCGAGGUUCUUCAAGCCGAGCUAUCACGAUCUUCAGGAUGGUAUCAACAUCGCAGCCUACAGGAUUUACGAACCUGGCAAAGAGAAAGGAUUCGGGCAAUCCAUCUUACAUGAUGGACAAUUGAUAUUUCAUACACCGCCAUACAGUUUGCAAGAUAUAUCUUUACAAGACGUAUCUCAUCCUGCUACGGCAGGAUUAAAAGUAACGCUCAAUCAAGAUAGUUCGCAAACGAAGAAGGGUGUCGAGCGUCCCAAGUCUGUAACCGAUCAUAAUAAGGAAGAAAAUACUAGUACAAAGUUAAACGUUGCGAGCCCGUUGAUAUCUAGUAACGACAGGAAGCCGCUGGACAGAAGAUUUUCUUACACAUCAAUGCGAGGGCCAAAUGUGAAAGAUGUACCAUAUUCUCGUUUGAUCGACGCUAGUCCUAUAACGCAGCUACCUCAGAAACUGGAUUCCGAUUCUAAACUAAAUGUAGAACGGAGUAAAUCCAUCCUAAACGUCCCGGAGAUCGAAACUGCGCCAAAGAGCAGCGUGUCCGAUUCCAAAUUGGCUGUGGAUUACUUCACCGCGUCGGAAAAUGUGGAGACGUUCGAAUCUGCGAGCAGCCCGCAAUCUUUACCGGUGGUUCCGACCGAAUUCAACAUCUCCGCACCUGCAUCCUCGAUGAGAAAGGACGAACAACGCGAAGGAGUGAACGUAUCGGAUUCUCAUCACUCGUUGUAUGCGAGAACAAACUCGGAAGAGCGACUGAAACAGGAGGUACAACGAACGAUUUCCAUGUCUUCGGAGAAUCACUCGGAAGCGUUUUACUCGGCCGACGAGGAUGUGAGCCACGGAUUGAGCGGUAGUCGAACGUCUAGCUUGCGGCAGUCGAUCGUCGGUUCCGGUUGCGUCUUGAAUCGCAACGAUAGCAUGAAGAAGAAAUUCUCGUCGGAUCUGUCUAUCGUCGAGAGCUCGACCAACGUGAAUCACGCGGUGACGGACAAAGCGCAUACGUUGGAGAGAGCAAAGACGCAGAUACUGAGCACGAAGAGAAGCCCCAGGAUCAACAGGAACACUAGUUUUCAAAAUGAGGCUGAUCAAGUGGAAAACGGUCGCGGGAUGCAGGAUUCCUCGGACAGCCACUCGAUAUCGUCCACCAGUUUCAUUUCCGCCGUGUCGUCCCAAGAGGAUGUCACGCUUGUGAACUUGCACAUGCAAGUGAAUAAGCCGAUCGUGGACUCGCCGUUACUGAUGUCGAGUUACGUCAGUCAUCUGACGCAGGUUCGUUGUACAAAUUGGAAUCAAUCCUCGCUACCGGCGGGUGGCGACGCGUUCACCACUCCUGUAUUCCAACGCACGGAGGACGGCAGAUUGGUUUACGUCGGUGGACGAUACGUGCCGAAAUUGGAGACCGUCACCGAGGGUUUCACAUCGUUGAAGAUGAUAACACGUUCCGAUGGCUCGCCUGUCGCGGGCUCGUCCAACAAAACACCUACGCAUCCUUACUUGUGGGACGACAUAUCUUUGAACCGAACAGAAGGCGAAGAGAACAGUGCGAUGCAUAAUGAGGAGGAAUUAUUGGCGAUACUGCACGAAACUGGAUUGCGUACAACUGUCAUCGUGAAAUUUAAAGGAGACGUCGAUAUCAUGUUGAGCCCCAUGGUUCUAGAAUCGCUUCAGCGUUUCAUCGACAGUAUUAUACCGACCCUGGCUAGUCUGCAUCCAUUAACGAUCUUGAAUCACCUUCAUAAUGAAUGCAUAGGCAAGGUUGAGGAUGCGAAUAUUUUAAAGCAAGAUCAGCGUUUGUCGUAUUGGAGUCAAGUCCAAACCAGUUCAAAGCGAUCGACAGCGGAAAGAAAUCUCAAAAGCGAUCAAGGUAAAAUCGCGUUACAGACGAACGUUUAUGAAGAAAGUAUCACGACACAAGUACAAGGCAGUAUUAUUUUACCAAAGUUGAAUUUAACGUUGUUGCAAGCGUCCGUCGUCGAAGAGAUCAUAUCGUUCUCCGCGCUGGAAAAUAUCCGCGAUCUGACGUGUGUGUCGUUAUUUGCGAUUUGCCUGGACGACGUCACCGCGAGGUUUUAUCUGGGGAAACAGGCCCGCGAGGUUGUUCAAAUGUUUCACAAACCAGCCGCAUUGCCGAAUCAGAAGAAGGUGAACAAGAUCAGCAAAGCUUUCUUACCCGGGCAUCAAACUGCUGCUGUAGUGGCUGACGUAGGCGGAGAAACGGUGUACAUAGAAACGUCGGAGAAGCAACAGGAAGAGAUUCUAGUCACCUUAAAUAUCGGCAAAGCGCAUACUCAAUUAAGAAGGCUAAGAAACGAAUCUUCGAUAUUGAAGGACGCUGUUAUAACUGCUAUUCCUGCUCAUUAUUCGAAAGUAUUAUUUACUUGCACAAGAAUGACGUCUCCGCUAAAAUGUAUCGAUUAUUAUUUGCAUCAUGCAAUUGAUGACAAAGAAAAACUAAAAAAACAAACUGGAUUACCGCAAGCGACUGAAGAGUUUACUAUGGGAUGCGGAGAGGAUAGACUGGGAUUUAUCAUGUUCGAGUGCGGUCUAGAGGGAAUUAAAUUAAAAGUAGUUAAGAGAUCUCAGUUUGAGAAGAACGAAAACGGCGAUACUAAUAAGAAGAGCGAAACCGAAAUACUUUGUACGGAUAGCAUCAAGAGCCAAGACGAAUUGGACAACAAUACUGCUGCAACAGCUACUACAGAGGCGGAAACGAAGCCGACAACUGCAUCGGCCAACACUCAGAUGAAUAUGAGUGUGACAUGCAACAGUCUCACAUCCAAGGUGGCUAAUGGCAACACGGUGUCAUGCGUCAUCGAAUUGAAGACUGUCUGGUUUAAUUUCGCUGCACCCCCACGUACCCCGAUAACGAGGAAGAUCGACUAUACGAGACUGGACUGGAAUCUGCUCAGCACAGCGUCGCCGGCGAUAAACGCGUGGAUGAAUCCCAGUAACAAGUUUGCAAUUCGGAUCGUUCAUAUGUUCAGAACCAUGUAUCGGAGAUCCACCGCGAUCGUGGCUUGCCUCAUGGCCGAAGCAUUGGACGUUCAAGGAAUACACAUGCCUAUGAAGAGUCGUUAUGGAAGGUUGACACCAUUAGCAAAAACAUUACAGGAAGAUCCAUCUUGUCAAUUAUGUACUAUAUUACAGAAUUACGUUUUACUGUCUGAAAUUACAAAUAUUGAAGCUAACUUAAAAGAAUCCGAUUUACCGCUUCUUUCAACACUUCGACAGGGUGUCAUCGUAUUGAGCAGACAAUGGAAGAAUGUGCUUUAUACACCAUUAUUGUUGGAACAUAAUUACAAAACUAAACAUGUUAAACCAUUGAACGUUACAUUUGCUGUGUCAGAUCCAGAUGAGGAGAAUCUAUUAACCGAUGGAGAGGGUAGCGCGGGAGAUAUUGAUGAUCAGGAAGUCACAGAUGAAUGUGCUAUGCUCAUCCAUACGGACCAUAUGCAUAAACAUGCACAUAUCAAAAGCGGACAAGAUAAAACAUCAGGUAUAUGUGGUGGCGAUGGUUUGACGGUUCCCGUAAGCUCGCCUCGCGGGAAAGAUACAACUCCUAUAGCAACACCGGUUCCAGGCCCGGAUUCAUAUUCCUCUCCUUCUCCGCCCGUAGCUGUCGCAAAGAGAGGAAAAACGUUGCAACAGACGCAAGUACCCGCUAGUGCUCGUGCGAGUAUUGUUUUCCCUUUACUUACCAGCAGCGGACUGUUUGGUCAAACCCGAGAAGCGAAUAAUAUAAGCUAUGGGACCUUGAGAGAAGACAAGACCCCGCAAAUUCAUAUCUCGCAUUCGCAUCAGCUUGGCUCCAAUCCUAGCAUUUAUUCCGGAGGCAUAGGACACGGUAGUCAACAUAGCACUGGGAGUCUGGAACAAGUAACAUCUCCCACAAAUCAUUCUAUUAAACCUAUAAAUACAGGGGAGGAUCUGUACAGCUGGAUGGCAAAGCAGCAAGAAUUUAUAAAAGACAAUGACAAAGGAAAUUUAAAGGGAAAUUGGGUCUUUCGUACAGAGCAAAAAUCUAUGAAGGACUCAAAAAUCAACACUAUGACUACCGACGAUACCGAAGAUUCAGAUAUACAGAGCGGUGCCUUUUUGUAUCCAAUGAAAGAUUCUCUUAGAUUAUUAGACGCACAUCUGAUAUUUGAGCCACUUUUGUCGUCUUUGUCAGUUAUGCCACAACAGAUGUUAUCAGUUAUCGGAUCAGGAAAUGUAAAUAACAUGUCUUCCUUAGAUUCGUUAGGAUCGAACUUGUCUCUUGUAGGCAAUAUGGAUACGAUGCGCAUCGAUAUAGUCGUGAGCGAGUUUGGAAAGGUUAUGGAAAAGAAGAAAAAUAAUAAGUAUCAGUCAAGAAAAGAAACUAAUUCGAAGUUUUAUCUCGAUAUACCACCCGAGACGCCAGCAUUUCUGUGCGAAAGAAUCGGCGUGGAUAUUGAUGUGAAAAAAAUGGCCGAUAUGACGGUGGACGAUAUGAUACAGAAGCAAAAUGUUUUAUACAUAUCAAGGGGUCAAUUAAAGAAGCAUACUAGCACGGUGGUCAACAUUAGUUUGAAUAUCCGGUACAUAAGUCAGCAAGUGAACAUGCCUCUUCUCCGAUUAUUGCAUCAGAUAAGUAACAUGUAUCAGAACGUUAAGGAAACGCAGAUGGAGUUGAAGGAGCAACAGCCUGAACGGAAGAGAAGCGCUAAUAUAAUCGUCAACGAUACCACUGCGAAGAAUGGCUCGUCGUCGACAUCCGAUCUGCAAGAGCAGUUUCUCCUCGGUGGCAAGAAGAUGGAAGUGCCGCUGCUCGGCAGCGGCUUCGCCGAGGCCAACCAACAGAAGGUGCCGGGCACGACGGUCGUGCAACGUUCGCGGCCGCAGAGUUUCGCCCAGAAAUUACGCAGCACCGGUAAAAGCGUGAAGGGCUACAUUAAUCUGAGCGAGGGUGUUAUCACGCCCAGUUUCGGCGCGAGCCCCAGCGGAUCGAACCUGGACAAAUUCACGGAUGCGGCCCGCAAGGACAGCGGACACCUGACGCCGCGAUGCUGGAAGACGAUAUACUAUCUUCUCGACUUGUACGCGACUCGGCCGGAAACGAAGACCAUCACUCACCGAUUCUCGAUCCCGGCGGACGCGGCGGACCACGGGAAGAGCGGCAGGAAGUACGAAAUCCUGAACGAGGCCAAGGACAUCGACAUCGAGAAGGGACUGAACGCGGAGAACAAUUCCACGCCCGUCCCUCCGUCGAGAGAAUUAAACAUCGUGACGGGCGAGAGAACGAGAUUGAUCAUCUUCGGCGUCGCCAGGAUCCACAGGACCAGAUUACUGGCCACUUUGAGCGGCCUGAAGCUCGAGGCGGAGAUCACUAGUCUCCACGCCAGUCUGACCUGCCGGAAGAAGUCGCGACCCGCGAGCCUAGAGUGCAGCCUGACCGGACAGAUCGGGAGGACCAUGAUCGUUUUGUUGGAGGGCGUCGCCCCGAAUCAGCAGACGGUCGUAAAAGUCACCGUGGGAAAGUCGCAGGCGCUGUAUUCCAGCAUCACGAGGCGCCAGAAGGACAAGAACAGCGGUCUGCUGACCGUCGGUGCUGUCAACAUCGAUAUUCCGCAGCAUCCCGUAGCCCUGCACGGAAUGAUGACCAGAGGCAGCAAGCAGUUGUCGUCGACGCUCCAGGAACUAAGAGUUACCAGAACGUCGUCGAGAAUGUCGCGAGGACAGCAACAGGAUGACGUGGACGCUGUUCCGGGGAGUCCGCAUCAUUAUGCGCCAGCUCCGUCUGUGGAUCCGGAAAAGGAGAAGGGGCAGACCGUGUCGGGUCUUUUGGAGCCCAUUGUCAUGCAAUUCCACAUAAUCCUUCAAAGCCUGAGCAUAACCGCGGCGUUGUUACCGUCCCUCCAAGCCCAGUACAAGAUGGAUCAGGUGAAUAGUUCCGGCAUAACAGGCGGUAAGGCUAAGUUUACCAUAGACUUGCCCCAUCAUAAUCUGAGUUUCACGACGAAACUGCAAGUAACGGAGGCAAAUCUACCGUCCGAAGCCAGCAUCGAAUUACCUAAAGUGCACGUUUCGGCCGAAUACGUUCAAGACGGAAGCGGAAACUUGAAUGAUAGUAAAUUAGCAGAUGGUGUUGUGUUGAGACAAGGUAGCUAUUUAAGCGCAACUGCCGAUAUCGGGGUAUUUGAACAUUCCUUGACGACGGAUCUCCUAAAUCAUUUAGUAUUUGUGCAGAAAGUAUUUAUGAAAGAGGUAAAUGAGGUGGUGCAGAAGGUUUAUGGAGGCGAGAAACCGGUGCCUUUGUGGCUCGAGGACGACGAAUCCACCAACUCUACUCUGAAACGAAUCUUAUUCUCGCUGAUUAUACGUAUUAAAAGAAUUCAAUUGACCGCAACGACUCCAACAAGCUCGGCGGUGCGGCUGGAAACUGGCGCGGUCGAAUUUCAAUUAUCCAACAGAGUGCAAAAUGUUUCCGGGUCCACCCAGCCGAAUCCCUACAUGAAAUUAUUCGGCAAAGCGCAAGUUGAUAUCAACUUGAGUCUGGGACAGUUGUUGAAGAACGUCCUGUUCGAGGAGGUGGAGCCAGAAUUCCAGCAGUUCGCCUUUUUUAAUACCAGAAUCGGGCUGCGAAAUGCGUUCCAAGAGGAGAUGGCGCAGGGCCAGGACAAGGAAGUGGUCCUUAUCACCCUUAAACGCCCGCUAAUUUAUAUACAACCCAUGGCCAUCGAUAAAGCUAUACUCGUUUGGCUGAAUUACAAGAACGCGUACGAGUACUGGAACGAGAAGAGGUCUAAUUUGAAUAAGGAGGUGUUGACCGCCACCCAGCAGGUGUUCGAGAAGGUCCCGUUCGGGCAGCUGACGAGUCAACUGAGCGCGCCGCAUCUCGGAACUUUGUUCCUGCAAUUGACAGUCGACGAUAUGGGCAUCUGCGUGCCACUUAAUCCAUUGCCGCCGAACAAUUGGAGAUUGAACAGGAGUCUUUACGACGGAGAAUCGCGAGGGGCUGUCGUGGUGACGCUCGAAAACACCAGCAUAUCCGCGUGCAGCAGCGGUAGUCUGGUUAGCAAAGGAAGAUUUGUAGGAUUAUGUUUGAGAUUCGCAGAAGACUUUGAAACUUCUUUGGAUGAUUGGAAGCCAGAUAUGACUGAUAGUAAUAUAAUGAAUUUAUGUGUUGUAUCAGAAGGCACUUAUGAAGUUUGUAGCAGAACUAUUGCACAGAAACAAGACAAGUCUGAUAAUGCCAAAUGGAUCUUAAAUGUUCAAUGGCAAAUGGAAGGAGUUGAUAUUCAUCUUGAUGUCAGUGUAGGACAACAGCUGUCGGCUCUUGGACAUACAUUAACGAUGUUAACUGGUUCUGAAGAGGAAGAUGAUAUUCACGUUCCUGCGGAUUAUGAUAGCGACGAUGGAGAUCAACCGGAACAUAGCACUAGCCAGGAAAGUAUAUUAAUAAAAAAAUCAAAGAAUUGGACGGAUAAUCUACCGGCCUUUAUUUUUGAUCCUACACUUGAUGCAAAAAAGAGAUCGCAAUUGAUAGAGAAGGAAAUGAACGAGCAGGCCAAAAUUAUAAACGAUUUGCGAUCACUGGGGGCUUCGCACGGAACGAUCGAGCAAGAGAUGAAACGUCUGCACGAAUUAGAAGCAAUGGUAUUUAAAGAUUUUAGAAGGGACAUGAUUCAAAAGUUGAGGAGACAGUCGGUUAAAGCUUCCAGUAUCAAGGGUAAAUUAGGUCUUGGUAGUAAACCGAAUACAUAUCGCUCGAGAUCAUUUAUUGUACCUUCACCUACACCGGAACAUCAUUUAGAAAGCCCAGAAGACGUGAAUACGGAAAUUAAUUCAGCAAAUUCUGCUAGUUACGAGAGCAGCCCCAGAAGCGGCCCCAGUCGAUCAGCUUCCCUGCGUAUAAAGGGACUUGGUGGACCACGAGUUACCUUUAGCGAUACACAUACAAUGGGCAGGCAAUCAUCCUUACCAAGCGCUAGUUCUGACUUGAGUUUACCAGAAGGGGAAUUAGAAUGGCCAGAAACUAUUGAGAUAGAAGGAGAACGUGUUGAAUUGAGAAAGAAGACUAGAGAUACCAGUUGUACAUCUAGUUAUGACAGUAUGGAGGGAAAUGCACCAUUGCUCGAUUCAUUUGGAAAGGAGCAAGCAUCCUCGACUUCAUCUCCAUACAUCACUUCUCAGAAAGCUCAAGAACCAAAUAUAGACUUCGAACUUGAUGUCAAAGUUCUAAUUAAUAGUGGAAAAUGUGUAUUACAUACAAAAGAUCCAGGAAGGGAGGACGAAAUUAAAUUCUUGAGUAGAAUGAAGAAAGAACGAUCGUGUUCUGGUGGUAUGUUCGAAUUUCAGCAAUCCGGCAGUCCCAAUAGCAGCAGAAAACACUUGAACAGUAAAGAGAAACCGUCAGUAGCCAGCACAUCUCGAUUGAGAUAUUUGCAGCAUACAAAUGUGCCUUUGGUAGAUUUAACAAUUUUUCAUAUUCCCGGCUUAGAUGUUAAGGUUCAUUAUGAAUCCAAGACUCUUCCAGAGGAAUCGUUGUCUCCCCGUGUAUCUGCGGAAAAUAGCCUGUUGAAUCCGAUCACGAUGACGAUGCUCAGAAAAUCUAGCACCAAAAAAGCCAGCCUCUUCGCUUGGAUGACUCUGCAGAGCAUUCCGGAGGAGACUAUUAUUAGUCCUCAUAUUCUCGAAUUUCUCGAGCAAACUCUAGAGCCAAUUCCAAGCAAAAAUAACUUCCAAAGUAGCGCGCAAACGAACGCUAGUUUCCUGUCGGAAAAUACAGAGAACACGUUGUGGGCUGCCACGGCUGCGAAUAGCAAUUACGUUUAUGCCAGUUUUCCCGUCGAUGUUAUAGUAUAUUUUCAUAUGCAGCCGUCCACGUUUAGAUUCUCGUGCUUACCAGUUUCACGAGUAGAGUGCAUGCUGCAGUUACCGUCCCUGGACAUUGUGUUCUCGUCGAAGCGGGCCGAGGAAGAGCUGAUAGAGUUCCGGGAAUUCAAAUCCCAAAGCGCAUCAGGAAAGGAAACGGGUUCGGCCAUUGGUGGAUUAUCCGUCACCGGUUGUCUAGCAGAUUUCUCUGUGUACAUCUUUCAUCCCUACGGUGGCGGGAAGAAGACCGGGUUGAAGGAAGCGCAAUGGUCGCCCUUGUCGGACAGCGAGAGGAAGGAUUCGCUGAGCAUUAAUGUCGAGUUCGUAAAAUUCCACCUAUCCAGAAGCAAGAAACUGAACUUCCAAAGCGAACAGCUUAAAAAGCUCUCGGACACCAGCCGCGCCGUCAUAAGAUUCUCAACAAUCAUCGAUAUCGGAUCGGCUUCCUUUAAGUACGAUAUGCGUCGAUUAACGGAGAUCCUGGCCUUCCCGAAGGCCUGGUACAGACGCAGUAUAGUGAGACGCUUAUUCCUGGGGGACCUGAGCUCGGUCGCCGCGUACUCGGAGGGAGACGGGAGCCCUCUGUUGAACCAGGAAGAGGCGGUCAUGGGUAGCUCAUUGCUGAAACAUUACGAUAGACACACGUGCGACGCGUUGUCGAAGAGCGCGCCUGAAAGGAGUCCUGUGUUGAAUAGGGAAAAGUUGAAGCUCAGUUUGGAGAACGACCCGCCGAGACCAGCGCGAUUGAAAGAUAUUGGGAAAGCAUGGAGUUUCACUACAGACAAGCAAAUAUCAUCGGAGAUCAAAUUGAGAGAAUCUGCGUGGGAGACCUUGGUGUUAUUCGCCGUGAAUUUUACACGUUUGAACGUGCAUAUGAAUAUGGGGAACGUAAUGGGCAACGUUAGCUGGAUGACAAAAGAUUUUAGAUCGGAUGGUAGACUGUCUAUCGGCAGCACAGGUCAUAAAAAUCUGUACAUAGGUAUCGGUCUCGGAGGAUCGAGUCUAGACGCGAAAGGUGGUAUAGUCGGUGGAACAAUCGAAUUGAGUAAAAUUGAUACUUACAUAUAUAUUCGAGAGGAACCUGGAAUAGAACCUGAUCAUACAGUGGGAUUGAAAUUAUUUGCAUUAGAAUUGCGAUUGGAUUAUAUGGGAACAAGUGUGUUAAUGUCUCGAGUGUCUUCGUUGGAUGUUACUCUCAGAGAUGAGUGGAAAAUUAAUCGUAGCAGUAAUGGUGAUGCUUUUAUGCCAACACGAAGGCCUGCCAUCAUUUUCAUGCAUGGUGACCUGGGUUGGGAUCAAUUACAAAUCAUGAUCAGCAAGUCGACAACAGCUGACUUACUGAAGAUGUUUUACAAACUGGACGAAUUCUUCAGUCAACAAUUCAAGAGUAGCAAACGUGUAUUUAGCUCGUUGCAACCAAAACAUCAAAGAAUAAAUAAUAGUAGUUUUAAAAAGAGGCAGCAGAAGAAGAGAUCCGAUGGGGGUCCGUGGAGCUUAAAUCAGACUGCGAUUUCGGAUGCUAGACAUCAUAGACACUGGCAGAGGGUAUUAGCCCAAGUAGCCGGUCUUCAAUUGGGAAGCUUAAGAUUUUCCUUACCGUCAACUGGCACCGUCCUAGGAGGCACGAUGGAACUUCAUGGUUCUAACAUUAGUUUAGCAUGUUUCCAUGGAAUUAACUUCAAGAGCAAGAGUUGGGCCAUAUUCUCGCUGAAAGAGCCCUGUAUAAGCUUCGCUACUGAAGCACAAGAGAUACCAAGUGUUGAAACACCUAACACAUACGACGUUCACGUCGUGCAAACGUUAACCAUCAGCCUGGGGCAUCAGCAGGAGCAGCACGCGAGACAUCACUCCAUGGCAACUGUCUGUAGAUUAAGUCGAAGCGUUUUAUUCCCACCGCAAUUUAAAUCUUUGCAAGAAUGGUUUCAUUAUGCAUUCGCUAGCAGUGAGAUCGAUGCGGUAGAUAGAUUUCCAUGCGUCGAGAGAGAUAAGAUGGAAAGUACAUCGGUGGAUGGAAAUAACACGUCGCGUGGAAGAAGCACGUCCGCGAUAUCCCAAGCUGCAAGACAUUCGCACACCCGAGAGGUGAUAUUUGCCUUGCCUUCGUUGCAGUUGCACCUGAAAACUGAGCAUCUGACAAACUGCCAGAACGCCGGAUGUUUUAGGUAUGUAUAAGUCGAUUUUUAAAUAUAAUUGCUGUGUAAAAAUUAUUAAAACGCAUCUCUGUGUCAAUCUAUCUACUU